GUUGCACAAACAGCUGUUGCCGAUGCGCUUUGGGCGUUUUCCAGCACCCUCGGCAAGCCACUGUCAAAGAAUUAAUUUUCUCUUGCCAGGAAAAAAUGAUGGAGCUACAAUCGAAUGACAUUGAUCUGGAGGACGGCGAGCUCUCGGAUAGCGACGAUGACGGAGUUUAUACGCCACUGCAGCGCCCUGCAGGUGCCGAGAAAGCCAGCCCCCUCACCACCUGCCAUCAUAUUCAGACGGCUCUGGAGGAAGAAUCGCAGACUAACAGUGAAUCAUCUUCAGCCGAGUCCUCAGAGGACGGCUGCAUAAAGAAGAUUCGCACGGAUACAGAGUCGGGAGGUCCUAAGAAACGGAAAAAACGUAUUCGACGCACGGUUAUGCGCCGAGUUUCGCCGGCAGAUGCCGAAAUGCAACCAAAUCGGGCACGAUUUAGGAAAUACAACGUCUGGACUGCAGCUCUGCAGGAGGAAGCCCUCAGCGAAAACAUGCGCGGAUGUGACGUUACUCGAAGCGGCACAGACAGAAAUGUGGAGAACUAUGACUUUUCUCUACGGUACCGGCUUAACGGAGGGCACACAAUGAAACGGAGGCUUUCGAACUCUUCAGAAGAUGGGGGAGACUCUUCGCACCCUGCCCACAAGAGGGGGCGGCUCUCCAGUCGCCCCACAGAAGAGUAUUCGGCUCGUGGAUCGGUGAAGAGCCGACUGAGCCAUCGUUCGCGGCGUGCAACUUCCUCCGCCAGCGGCUCCUCGGAUUCCUGUGAGCCCAGACACAUACUUGACCUAAAAGAUGUGACUGGACGAGAUCCGUCUGACGUAGCGACGGAAAUGGCUAGCAAACUGUAUGAAGAGAAAGACGAAUUAUUGGUUCGAGUUGUCGAGGUGCUUGGCAUGGAUUUGCCUCUGGAACUAUACAAGGAAACCCAGCGCAUCGAAGCCGAUGGUGGCAUGAUGAUCAAAAAUGGAAAACGGAGACGUACACCUGGUGGUGUAUUCUUAUUCCUUCUGAAACACAAUAACAGCAUCACGCAGGAGCAGCAAAAGUCUAUUUUUAGUGAAGACCGGCAGAAUCUGCUCAAAUCGCGAAAGCAAAUUGAGACAAUGAUGCGGGAUCGCAAAGUAGAAGAACUGAAGAAGUGCCUGAGCGAACAAAGCACGGAACUUCCGGCCCUAAGCCAGCGAAAGGACCUGUACAUGCAGAGCGGUGAACUACGUACCGAAACCCAGCCGGGAAGCCUGUCCAACCCGCCGCCGUCCCCUGUUGGAGCUGGACAAGAGCAUGACAGUCCGGGGUAUAAAGCUCACGAGAUCAACAUCAACCUCGUCGAUAGUGCCGAUCUGCCUUCCACGUCGAAGGCAGCGGCAGCGACACAGGAUCUGGUCAGGUACGAUGAUGACUUUCUGGACGUGAACUGUGGGGACAUGGACUUCUUUUAGGCCGGCGCAAAGCGUAGGCCGCCUUUUAUACUGGAUUGCAUAGUUAGACCCAUAUUUGUACAAUUAAAUAAAUGCCUAGCGAAUUAGGAAUAUAAUAA